GCAGCAGGCGGCGGCUGAUAGCGGCCGGCGCGCUGGGGGUGGUGAUGGUGCUGCUGCUGGUCAUCCUCAUCCCGGUGCUGGUCAGCUCGGCCGGCACCUCGGCGCACUACGAGAUGCUCGGCACCUGCCGCAUGGUCUGCGACCCCUACGGCGGCACCAAGGCGCCCAGCACGGCGGCCACGCCCGACCGCGGGCUCAUGCAGUCCCUGCCCACCUUCAUCCAGGGGCCCAAGGGGGAGGCCGGCCGGCCGGGCAAAGCGGGGCCGCGCGGCCCGCCGGGGGAGCCGGGGCCGCCCGGCCCGGUGGGGCCGCCGGGUGAGAAGGGCGAGCCGGGGCGGCAGGGCCUGCCGGGCCCCCCCGGGGCGCCGGGGCUGAACGCGGCGGGGGCCAUCAGCGCCGCCACCUACAGCACCGUCCCCAAAAUCGCCUUCUACGCCGGCCUCAAGCGGCAACACGAGGGCUACGAGGUGCUCAAGUUCGACGACGUGGUCACCAACCUCGGCAACCACUACGAUCCCACCACCGGCAAGUUCACCUGCUCCAUCCCCGGCAUCUACUUCUUCACCUACCAUGUGCUCAUGCGGGGCGGCGACGGCACCAGCAUGUGGGCCGACCUCUGCAAGAACAACCAGGUUCGAGCUAGUGCGAUUGCUCAGGAUGCUGAUCAGAACUACGACUACGCCAGUAACAGCGUGGUUCUUCACCUGGAGCCAGGAGAUGAAGUUUACAUUAAAUUAGAUGGAGGAAAAGCACAUGGAGGAAACAACAACAAAUACAGCACAUUUUCUGGAUUUAUUAUUUAUGCUGACUGACAAUGAGUAAAAAGACCCACCAAACCAGUCGAGAAAUGAAGCCUGCUCUUCUAAGCGAUGGAUUGCGUGGCAAAAGUCAAUGAAACAAGCACCCCAGCAGAGAGUGACCACUGGACACCUCAGCAGUGGGGGGAAAAAGUUGAAUGCUACCUGAUUCACAUCUGUACAACACAGAGAAACCUUAUGUUAAAAAACCACAAACCAAGUUAAACAGAUGUGCAACCCACUUCCGCCAAAGCAAAUACUUCCUCAUUGUUAAGUGUCCAUGUGAAUGAAGUUCUACAUAGAUCAAAUUUUUAUAGGGAAGGAAAGCCCACCUAAGGACGCUGAGUUAUUUCUUCAGUGUAUAUGAUACUUUGAUGUGUUAUGAUCUUGCUGCUUUAUCCAUACUUCAGCUUUGGUUCUUGUGACUUACCUGCUAACAAUGAUGCUUGGAGUCCACUCAUAGUGUGGUGAGGAAUGAUUUUACAAUAAAAGGAAGAGGUAAUCAAAAUAUACUUUCUCUCUGCAAAGAAAUUGUUUGCCUUGUACUUUUCUUACCCUUCCACUUAAAACUAGAAAUGAAUCAGCUUUAAGCCUUAACUCAAUGUUCCUGUUUUGUAGGUUUACAUUAAUAAAAUCAAUCCAGUGGAGUUAUUUAAAUUUAAUCUUUCCCUUAGCCGUUCUCUAAAAUAAAAAGAUAGAAGAAACGCUAUUUUACCCUGAAAAAUAUAACAUUUGACAAACUAUUCUAUUGGACCAUAUCCCUGAUUCCACCAAAGCAAAAGGCAAAACUCUCAUUGCUAUUAGUGGAAAAGGGAUUUGGCUUUUAAUUUGUAUACAUGUAAAUAUAUAUUUAGACAAUUAAAAAAGGCCCAUUGUUGAUGGUUAGUUGUGUAAAUAUUUAGAAAGCCUGGCAUCCAUACCAUCAGACUAAGGCAGAGUGUUUUCUUUGCAGCAAUUAGUCUUCAUUAGUCUUUUAGCACUUAGUCUGUACCUGGGUUCUAUUUUUAAUAAAGUAGUUACAGAUUAAUACACUGCAGAUGUUCCACUAGAAUUUGAUAGGAAUACAGACAACCUUUAUUGUCUUAGGUGUUUUGUCUCACUGAAGUCAGUGGGAUUUUUCCAACAAAGGAAGAGUGGGAGAUCUGACACAUGAGAAAAUGCUGUCACACAGACCUUUUCCAUGGAAGCUAGUACCAGUCUGUGGUAAGGCAUGCCUACGAGAUGGACACAGAGAAGCAUAUUACCAAAAAUGAUAACACAUAUGCAAAGAAAGAAGCAGAUAUUUACA